UUCAUUCUGGAAAUAGAAAUCACACAUUCACCAUGAUCGCAAAGGUUGUUUUCUUGUGCGCUGCUCUUGCAGCUUCCCAUGCUAGUGUUCUUCUGAAGGCACCCCUUGUUAGUACUGGAGUCAGCGCCAGUUCUAGGACACAAGAUGCUUAUGGAACUAUGCUUUUAACUAUGACAUCGUUGACAACUCGGAGCUUCCAACUCCGAUCUGAAGUAGGUGAUGGUUAUGGUAACAAGAAGGGAACCUACACCAUCCACGACAUCGACGGCAGAGCCAGACGCGUAGACUACGUUGCUGAUAAACUUGGAUUCCGUGCUGCCGUCAAGACCAACGAACCAGGAACCGCUGCCAGCACCCCAGCUGCAGCCCUCAUCGCUAGCCCUUACGCUGGACCAUCUGUCGAUCACAUUGCCCCUGUUGCCACUGCAGUCUAUGGACAUGCUGUCGCCGCUCCAGUUGUAGCUGCUGCAGCUCCUGUUACAUAUGGAGGUGCCAUUGGACAUGGAGCCGCUCUGGGCUAUGGCUAUGGUCUGGGAUACGGAUAUGGAGCUGGUAUUGGCAAGGCUCUGAUCUAUUAAAACAUAAAUUCUCCGAUUUCCUUCAAAAUUUAAUUUAUUGUUAUUGUAAAUUGUGAUUAUGUUACGGUGAAUAAAUCUUUUUAUUUCUGGCAAAUGGAAAAUCAAUAUUUUCAAAAAUAGAGUUUCAAAAAUGUUUUUUGAAAGCAGGAAGGUGUCAGUGCUGUAUCAUCUCCGAUUUCCUUCAAAAUUUAAUUUAUUGCUGUUAUAAAUCGUGAUUAUAUUGUGGUAAAUAAAUCAUUUUAUUUCUGGUGAA